AUGGGAACCGAAUUCGCCAUUAAAACACUUUGCAGGAGCAUCUCAGCUGACGAGUUUAGGCAAAAAAGAAACUCAUGGAGCUUCGAAGAAAACUUUCUAAACGAUAACAGUCCACUUAUCGAUGACGCUGCUUCCAAGCAGGGUCCAUGUUGGUCUCAGAUCAAGUUCACCGGUAUGCUGCAGUGGGGCCAACGCAGGCAAGUUCGGUUCCUCGGCCGUCAUGACGAGCAUGAGCUUCAAAUGGGAAAAACGCCCAUUUUUGAAUCCAGGGAAAUGACUUAUUAUAAGAAGAGAAAGAACAUUGAAGAAGAAAUGGAGGGUGUCAAGGUAGCUCCUUUAGGGGUACUCAGGAUCACUCGUCAGAGCUUCAAAAAUCAACAAGAUAUGACUAGUACCAGCGGGGCUAAAAAGUCUAAGAAAACAGUAAACGACACUAACAAGCAGCAACAGCUCGUCGUUUAUAGCAAAAAAGGGCGAAAAAUAUCCAUUGACAGAUGGUCUGCUGAGAGGUAUAAGACGGCAGAGGAAAAUAUGUUGAAGGUAAUGAAAGAAAAAGAAGCUGUGUAUGGAAACCCAAUAAUGAGACCACACUUGCGCUCCGAAGCACGAAAGUAUAUUGGUGACACAGGUUUACUUGAUCAUUUGCUCAAGCACAUGGCUGGAAAAGUGGCACCAGGAGGAGUUGAAAGAUUCCGACGACGGCACAAUGCCGAAGGCUCCAUGGAAUACUGGUUAGAGAGUGCGGAUCUUGUUGAUAUCAGAAAGGAAAUGGGUGUACAAGAUCCUUACUGGACUCCUCCCCCUGGAUGGAAGCCUGGAGACACCAUUUCCCCAGAUCAUAAUGUACUCAGGGAGAUAAUGGAGGAAAUAAAUAAGUUGAAACGAGACAUGCAGGAUCUCAGAUCAAAAAUGGAAGCCAUUUUGGUUGUUACUCAUAGUUCUUGUCAGUCAAAUUUAAGCUAUGAGUACCAUGAUUCCCAGUUUUCUUCUAAGCAGGAGAUUUACGCUGACCUGGUUCAUAAAAAGGCUAAAGUUGAACAACAACUAAAAGAAAUUACUCUGACUUUGAAUGGCAUGGAGGGUCAACUUGGAAUGCUGAAGCCAACAAUGUCAGAAUCAUUAACACCACCAGUGUUAUUGCUAGGACCAACAUCAUCAUCAUUGACGGAAAACAUUGGAGAAGUGAGUAAUGACAAAGGAACAAAAUCAGCGGAGACACAAAUGGUGCAAAGCAGCGCAGCAGAGGACAAGGCAGCAAAGAUAGAAAGACUGAAAAGUGGUUUUAAAAUCUGCAAACCAAGAGGGACCUUUGUGUGGCCAAAUAUGAGCGUGUCUGUGGCUAACCUUGAUGAACUCUCUGUGGUCCCAACCCCAACCUCAGUUUCCUCUUCUACCACAUCACCUCCCAACCUUGUCUCCAAUUCCAACACUCAGAACUUGUCACUAUCCAUACCUUGUCCUUCUUCACCUGUUAAGCCACUGGCAGAGAGGCGUCCUGUGAGCACAGCUACUUUGACACAUGUCACUGGACCCUUUUCCCCUCCAUUAGAGACCCCAAAAUCCAUAAUCACCAACAACGAUUCUUCUAUUAACCUUAAUGAGACACCUCUGGCCCAAGAGUAG